GGUCACACUGCAGAUCUUAUGACAUGGGUAAACAGUAAAUAAACGAGCGAAUAAUUACCCCAGGAAAUCUUAGAAACUAGCUCACUGCUAUGAACGCCGUGAUUGCACUGUGCCACUUUUGCGAGGCACAUGGUCCCUGCGCCAUCUUCUGCACCCAAACCCUGAGGGACACCAAGCUGGAGGAUUUGCCCCUGGAUCAGCAGCAGCAGCAGACCCAGAAAUCCUGCUCCGCCUGCAACUACUCGAUGGGCAGGAACAACAGUGCCAUCUACAGCAGGGACACGGAGAGCGGGGCCACAUUUGUGAGCACCAAGGUUGCGGUGCUGCCGGAAGUGGCCAGUCUGGUCAAGCAGGCGGCGGUCCUCAGUUUGAGCAAUGGGACCGAUCCAAGCAAGGAUGGCGAGUUUGUGUUUUUCGGGGAUUCGGCCAGGGGCCACAUUCUGAGCCACACCUUCCGUGUGAGCGACCUGCAGGCCCGCGGCUACUCACAGCUGUUCUCCAUUAUAGUCCUCAUGAAGGACAAGUACUUCCUGCUGAAUAUCAAGCCCUUUUUGGCCGAGCACCUGAAAAAGGUUUCGUCGGAGCUGCAGAUGGCUGCCCGGAAGACCAAGGAGGCGGAGGAGUUGACCUACUCCGAGAGGCAGAGGCGUCUGUCCGGCGCCCAGUUCCUGAUGCACAACUCGCGCUCGUUGCUGGAACUCACGGGCGAGGAGCACAUCUUCGCCCACCUGCACUCGCACUUCUCCUGGCUUCUGCUGGCCGGAUCCCGCUUCCUCACCGAGCACGUGACCUUUGGCAACCUGCCCUGGCUGCCCCCGCAAAGUAGUGGCCGUCCCCCCGCCCAGCGACUCACCUACAACAGCUCCACCCUGCCAAUGAUCGAGAGCAUAGACGACCCCGAUCUGGAGGAGUUCUUCUCGCUGCGACAUCUAAAGAGUGUGGUGCGCAAGGAAGAGUUCGCCACGGUGUGCUAUUGUGCUCUGACUGGGGUCAAGAUCGUGGUCCGAGGGGAUCCCAGGAAGACCUUCCGCUUCAUGGUCUGCCUGAAGAAACUGCUGCCCGAGCCCAUGCACAAUCUGAUGCGAAUCGAUGCCCAGCACCAGCACUCCAUCAGCUCCGAGUACAAGAUCAUAUCCGUGUCCAAUGACAUAGCCGUUCCCAUGGCCAGUGGCUCAGUGUUUCGAAUCGAUUUCCUGGACAAGCACGUCAAUGGGCACGAGGUUUCGGUCAAAUGGCCUGGAGAACUGCCCAGAAAAUUGCCAGAUCUUAUGGUGAAACUUCUAAAGGCGGUGGAGGAAAAGAAUUUCACAGAACUGGUGCUGAACAAGCAGACAAAGGUGCUCAUCGAGGAGUGGAAAAACAAAGUGACCUGCCUCAACCACGCCAAAUCCACCAGCGUGCAGGGCAAACUGAAGAAGGUGCUGGGCGUACAGCCGCAGGAUCAGCCGAUAAUCAAUUACUGGAGCACGCACCUCCACUAGGAUCCGCUUAGAUGCUACAUAGAUUUAGGACCACUCGUUUUCACCUUUUGGAAUAAAAACCUCUUUAUUGCCG